CGCAGGCUGGAGGUUCCCGUUCUGCCACCCUCUGCUCCCAGCGCCGCUCCUGCUCCGGGGCCGCUCCAGGAGGGAUCGGGGCUGGAGAACAUCGCCCUCAUCCCAUGCUGGGGGUGCUGGCACCCCCAAACCCCGCUGUGCCCGCAGAGCAGCCCGGGGGUGAGCGCAGGACACCGCGGUGCCACCCGGGCAGGACAGGAUGGCACGGCUCUGUCACCGCGGUGCCACCCGGGCAGGACAGGCUGGCACGGCUCUGUCACCGCGGUGCCACCCGGGCAGGACAGGAUGGCACAGCUCUGUCACCUCCCGGGCAGGACAGGCUGGCACUGCUCUGUCACCUCCCGGGCAGGACAGGAUGGCACGGCUCUGUCACCUCCCGGGCAGGACAGGCUGGCACUGCUCUGUCACCUCCCGGGCAGGACAGGAUGGCACGGCUCUGUCACCACCAGGUCAGGACAGGAUGGCACGGCUCUGUCACCACCAGGUCAGGACAGGAUGGCACGGCUCUGUCACCUCCAGGUCAGGACAGGAUGGCACGGCUCUGUCACCACCCGGGCAGGACAGGAUGGCACGGCUCUGUCACCACCCGGGCAGGACAGGAUGGCACGGCUCUGUCACCCCUGCGGUGCCACCCGGGCAGGACAGGCUGGCACGGCUCUGUCACCACCAGGUCAGGACAGGAUGGCACGGCUCUGUCACCCCUGCGGUGCCACCCGGGCAGGACAGGCUGGCACGGCUCUGUCACGUCCAGGUCAGGACAGGAUGGCACGGCUCUGUCACCGCGGUGCCACCCGGGCAGGACAGGAUGGCACGGCUCUGUCACCUCCCGGGCAGGACAGGCUGGCACGGCUCUGUCACCUCCCGGCCAGGACAGGCUGGCACGGCUCUGUCACCUCCCGGGCAGGACAGGAUGGCACGGCUCUGUCACCCCUGCGGUGCCACCCGGGCAGGACAGGAUGGCACGGCUCUGUCACCUCCCGGGCAGGACAGGCUGGCACGGCUCUGUCACCACCAGGUCAGGACAGGCUGGCACGGCUCUGUCACCCCUGCAGGACCCAGCGGCUGCUCAGGGACUGGGAAAUGUCUCAUGGAGAAGUCCUGGGGAGAGCUGGGUUUCCAUCCAGCCGGGAUUUCCCUGGGUGCCCUGGCAUGGGGACCCUGCUGGGGACAGCUCCCCCCCAAUGAGUGACUCAAGACACACCAAAAAGAACAAACGAGGACUUGGACUGGGUUAUAUUUUAAAAUGCUCAUAUAUUUUCUUUUUUUUUUUUUUCUCCUUUUUUCUUUUCCUCUUUUUUUUUUUUUUUUCUUCUCAUUUUUUUUCCCCACAAUUCUAAUACAAUUGUUCUCAAAAUACUGGCGUUUCCAGCAGCAGUUCUUUCUUUUUUUUUCUUUUUUUUUCUUUCCUUUUUUUUUAACCUUUUUUGUUGUUUUUGAAGUGAAUAAUAAUAAUAAUAUACGGUAGUGAUUUCACAGUAAAACAGACCUGCGGGAACGCCAGAGAUACGUGACAAAAGACACCC